CCCAAGACCACAGACAUGAGGCUGCUGAUCCCUGCCUUGCUGUUUCUUGGGGCCCUUGGACUCUGUCUAGCUAGAAAAACAACUGUUCGAUGGUGUGCUGUGUCAAAAUUUGAGGAACAAAAAUGUUUUAGGUGGCAGUACAUGAUGAGAAAAGUGGGUGGCCAGCCGCUCACUUGUAUCACGAAAUCCUCCACCCGUCAGUGCAUCCAGGCCAUUGUGGCAAAUAGAGCUGAUGCCAUGACUCUUGAUGGUGGCACUAUGUUCGAUGCGGGAAAGCCCCCCUACAAACUGCGACCUGUAGCAGCUGAAGUCUACGGGACCAAAGAGCAGCCCCGGACUCACUAUUAUGCGGUAGCAGUCGUGAAGAACAGCAGUAACUUUCGUCUGAACCAACUCCAAGGACUGAGGUCCUGCCACACAGGCAUUGGCAGGAGUGCAGGGUGGAAAAUCCCUAUAGGGACACUUCGUCCAUACCUGAAUUGGAAUGGGCCACCUGCAUCCCUUGAGGAAGCGGUAUCCAAGUUCUUCUCAAAGAGCUGUGUUCCUGGUGCCCAAAAGGAUAGAUUCCCCAACCUGUGCAGCUCAUGUGCAGGGACGGGAGCAAACAAAUGUGCCUCUUCCCCCAAGGAACCAUACUCUGGUUACGCAGGAGCCUUGAGGUGUCUGAGAGACAACGCUGGAGAUGUGGCUUUUACCAGAGCAAGCACGAUAUUUGAGGAGCUACCAGACAAAGCCGAAAGGGACCAGUACAAGCUGCUCUGCCCAGAUAACACCUGGAAGCCAGUGGCAGAGUACAAGGAGUGUCACCUGGCCCAAGUCUCUUCACAUGCUGUGGUAGCCCGAAGUUCAAGUAACAAAGAAGAUGCCAUCUGGGAGCUUCUCCAGGAGUCACAGGAAAAGUUUGGAAAAAACAAAGCAUCAGAAUUCCAGCUCUUUGCUUCCCCUCCUGGACAGAAGGAUCUGCUGUUCAAGGACUCUGCCAUUGGCUUUGUGAGGGUUCCCCUCAAGGUGGAUGUUGGCCUCUACCUGACCUUCAACUAUGUCACAUCCAUACAGAACCUAGAGAAAACGCAGCAGGAUGUGAUAGCCGCAAAGGCCCGGGUCACGUGGUGUGCAGUGGGCAGUGAGGAGAAGCGCAAAUGUGAUCGGUGGAACAGAGCGAGCCGCGGCAGGGUUACCUGCGCCUCAUUCCCCACAACGGAGGACUGCAUCAUCGCAAUCAUGAAGGGAGACGCUGAUGCCAUGAGCUUGGAUGGAGGUUAUAUCUACACUGCGGGCAAGUGCGGUUUAGUUCCAGUCUUGAAGGAGAACCAGAAAUCCUCUAAAAACAAUGGCCUUGAUUGUGUGGACAGACCAGUGGAAGGGUACCUUGCUGUAGCAGCAGUUAGAAAAGAAGACACUGGUUUCACCUGGAGCUCUCUGAGAGGCAAGAAGUCCUGCCACACUGCCGUGGACAGGACUGCGGGCUGGAACAUCCCCAUUGGCCUGCUAGUCAACCAGACUGGAUCUUGCAAAUUUAAUGAAUUCUUUAGCCAAAGCUGCGCCCCUGGGGCUGACCCCAAAUCCAAUCUGUGUGCCCUGUGUAUUGGUGACGAGAAGGGUGAGAAUAAGUGUGCCCCCAACAGCAAAGAGAGGUACCAAGGCUACACUGGGGCUUUUCGGUGUCUGGCUGAGAAGGCAGGAGAUGUUACAUUUCUGAAGGACUCCACGAUCUUGCAGAAUACCGACGGGAGGAACACUGAAGAGUGGGCUAGGAACUUAAAGCUGAAGGACUUUGAACUGUUGUGCCUUGAUGACACCCGGAAGCCUGUGACCGAGGCUAAGAACUGCCACCUAGCCGUAGCCCCAAACCAUGCUGUAAUAUCUCGGACAGACAAGGUGGAACUCCUCCAGCAGGUGCUGCUUGACCAACAGGGUCAGUUUGGAAGAAAUGGACCGAAGUGUCCAGGAGAGUUUUGCCUGUUCCAGUCUGAAACCAAAAACCUUCUGUUUAACGACAACACUGAGUGUCUGGCCAAGCUCCAUGGCAAAACAACAUCAGAGAAGUAUCUAGGAAAGGAGUACGUCACAGCGACCGAGCAUCUGAAGCAGUGCUCCAGCUCCCCACUCCUGGAAGCCUGCGCUUUUCUUACCAAGUGAAAACGCCAAGCAAAUAGCAGAGCCUUCCCACGAAGCCACAUCCCAGAUCCACGGUCCUGGGGCCUUCUGGUCUCAUAACUCCCUGCUGUCACUUUAGGUAGAAAUAAAAUGAAAUAGUGUUGGUUUCCUGUCA